UCUCUGUUUAUACAAUCAAUCAAGACCUCCAUAUAUAUAUAAGAGGAGAGAGACUGCACACCUCUGGCUCAGAGAGCUGGAGGGACAUUCUGCAAGGCAAGAUGAGGCUCUGGGCUGGUUUCCACCUGAUUUUCCUGGUUGCUUUGUCUGUGGAGAGAGGAGUCUUGGGCCAGGACACCGAAGCCACUUGCUGUGCACAGCUGCAGGGCUUAACACAAUGUGGAAGUGACAAGAUUAUUCUCCAGGGUCAGGCAGGGAUACCUGGAAUUCCAGGUGUGCCAGGAACAAAUGGAUCACCAGGGCUAAAGGGUGACCCUGGUCCUCAGGGGCCCCCAGGUGAAAGAGGUUCUGCUGGGAUAACUGGAAAAGCUGGACCCAAAGGAGACAAAGGAGACAAAGGAGAUGCCUGCAGCUUAGACAAUGUUCCCAACUGUCAACAGAAAGAGACAGAAGCCAGAAACUGCAAGGACCUCCUAGAACGUGGGGAGACCCUGAGUGGCUGGUACACAAUCUACCCAACCAAGGGGAACCCCAUGAUGGUUUUCUGUGACAUGGAGACGGAUGGAGGGGGCUGGUUGGUCUUCCAGAGGCGGCAGGAUGGAUCGGUUGAUUUCUACCGUGACUGGGAAUCAUACAAGAAAGGAUUUGGGAGGCAAGGAUCAGAAUUCUGGCUGGGCAAUGAUAAGAUCUAUCUUCUCACCAGCUCUGGAACCCAGCAGUUGCGGAUUGAUCUGGAAGAUUUCAACAGUUCCAGAACCUUUGCGACAUAUUCCAGUUUCAGAAUCGCAAAUGAAAGUGAAAACUACAGGCUAACAGUGGGCUCCUCUUUGGAUAGUAACAUGGGUAAUUCUUUCUCGGGACACAACAACCAGGCAUUCUCUACAAAAGACAGAGACAAUGAUAACUAUUCUGGAAAUUGUGCCGUAACUUUCAAAGGAGGCUGGUGGUACAGUAAUUGCCACUCUUCCAAUCUGAAUGGCCUGUAUCACAAAGGAGAACAUGCCUCUUACGCUGAUGGCAUCAACUGGUAUACUGGGAGGGGGCACUAUUAUUCUUACAAGUAUGCAGAUAUGAAAAUUAGACCGCAAUAAAUGAAACCGCAGUUUGACAGAUUCUUCAACAGACAUGACCCAAAAAUUUACUAGCAGAUGAAUAUUCUUCUGCAUUCUCUUCCUGAAAAAGCAAAUUAAAUGCUAUAAAUCUUUAAAGCUGCUCCUUCACAUGUGCAUUGGAAUAUUCUCCCUUAUUGUACUCCCUUUUUUAUGUACACAGGGGUGGGGUUCAAACCCUUCUCCCUCCUCAUUCUCCAAAUUUUUUGCUAAAGAGAAAAGUGCUCCUGGAUGUGUUGCAAAACUGACAUUUAUUGAUCUAUAAUCUCAGAGCGGUAAGUAAGGCUAGCCUCCAACUCAAGCAAUUUCUGGGACUGUCCACAGAGGUCACCACCUUGCAUCAUUUUGUUGAAGAGACACUCCUUAGUCUUUGUCAAUGUCUAGACAGGGAGCUUGGCAUCUUUUCUUAGAUCAACUACUUACCUGAUUAGGGAACCUGAAGGGGCUGCAAAACUCUGGACGCUCUGUCAUCCUUAGGGCAAACCCAGAACUAUCCCUAAUUUUGCUACCAAAUAGUCCUUUGUGUUUCACCUGGCUGUUUGGGUCAUGUCCUGCUGACACUGUAAAACAAAGGAAAACUGAAGUAAAAUUGUAAGCA